AUGGCAAAUCCUAGCGGCGCAGGAAGUAUUGCAAAUACAUCUGAUUCACCCAAAUUUAUAUUCCCACGAGACUACUCGUUUCCGCCGUUUUAUACCAUACAACCGAACCUUACAACUCGGCAGGAACAGUUCCAAAAGUGGUCAUCAUUAAUUCAAUCUUACUGCCGACAUCACCGGAUAUACCGUCUUUCACUGAUCGAUACUAUUUCCUCCCCGUUAUUUUAUAAUACUCAGCUAAAGAAGGGCCUGAGUCUGGCCGAUGCCGUAACCAUUGUGGACUGGAUGACGGGCAGCGCUGGAGGCAAACGCGCAGAAUGGAUUGGAAGCGAAAAAACAAUAGCGUGGAUAUGGUGGAAGAGGCCGGAAGAAUGGGCUAGUGCCCUUGCUAGCUGGGUUGAAGAAACGGCUCAAAAAAACACUGUCCUUACACUUUACGAGCUCAUGGAGGGAGAAGCAACAAUUUCUCAGGAGUUCCAUAAAAUGGACCCUGAAGUUAUGCAGAAAUCUCUCCAGGUCCUGGUCAAGCAGGGGAGUGAAGUUCUUUUGAAAUCAACGGCCCGCCCUGAUACCCCUCAGCCAUCAGUAUUUGCAUCAACCCAAAAGAACGGAAUCCUAUACUUGGUGGCCGCCUCAAAGAUUAACAGUUGA